CGCCCAAACCGGAACAUACCGGCGACGUUCUGAUUGAUACAGAUCAGCACCUAACGGCCAUGUAUCCCUCACCAAAGCGAGAGUCAAUCGAUGUAGUUGUUCUAGAAGACCACAAGCCCAGCUUCCCGUCCCUUUCACCCAUCAUCAUCCCUUCAUCGCCUCAGAGUAUGAUGAGCCCCGCAUCCGUCGGGAAGUCCCAUUUAGCCAAGCCUCGUUCUGCAGAGCCCAUCUCUUCUCAGGCCGAACCCUUGACUUCGUAUACCUGCCCCGUAUGCUUUGGCGCCCCUACGAACGCGACACUCACGCCCUGUGGUCACAUCAUGUGCGGUUCUUGUCUAUUCGCAGCCGUCAAAGCUACGCUGCACCGAUCUGCUGUCGUUGCCAUGGACCGCGCUCCUCAAGCCCGGUGUCCAGUUUGCCGGGCCGAGAUUCCAGGGUGGGAUGGACGAGGGGGAGGCGUGAUCGGGCUGACGAUGGCAGCUAUGUAUUCGGUAUGAUUAUCCUAUUCAUGAAUUGAACCAUUCGUUGCC